AUGCCAUUUGCACAACCGAUAAUCACGCUCAUAUAUAAUCCAUCUUGUAGCAAGUCAAAUUUAGCUCUUUCAAUUCUUCAAGAAGCUUUAACAAAACAACCUGGUGUAUUCAAACUUGAUAUUCUUGAUUAUCAAAAGCAGCCACCAACAAAAGAUCAAUUAAGAAAUAUUGUUCAAUACCUUGGUAUUGAACAUAACUUAAAUCAAAUUCUUCGAGAUAACGUUUCGAUUACAACCAGUGGAGAAAACACACAAGAAACGAUAAAGACAGCUCUUAGUGUUAGUGAAUUGACAGAGGUGAUUAAACAACAGCCUUCCAGACUACAAAGACCUAUUUUGGUAGAUUGGAAUAAUGGUAAAGCUAUUAUCGCUCGCCCCCCAGAAAAAGUCGAGGAAUUUUUGAAAGAAUUGG